AUGUCAGCCACCCCCAGUUUGACACAGCUGCCUGCCUGGAAUGAACUAAAGCACCUCUACGAUACUAGGAAAAUCAAUCUUCGCGAGGCGUUUGGUUCGGACAAGGAUCGCUUCGCAAAGUUCUCGCAGCACUUUACGACACCGGGUAAUGACGUGUCGCUUUUGCUGGACUACAGUAAGAACCUGAUUGAUGAAGAGAUCUUUGGCAAGCUUAUCGAUCUUGCCAAACAAGCGAAUGUGGCAGAGAAGCGCGAUGCCCUGUUCCGUGGUGAGCACAUCAACACGACGGAGGACCGUGCUGUAUUGCAUGUGGCGCUUCGCGACCUGCCAGGCGAUCUGAAGCUUUCUGAGCCCGGGGUCGACGAAAUCAAGCCUGAGCUCGAGCACAUGCAUGCUUUUACGGAUUCUGUGCGCUCUGGAGAAUGGAAGGGAUACACGGGCAAGCCGAUCAAGUCGGUCGUCAACAUCGGUAUUGGCGGUUCGGAUCUGGGCCCCGUGAUGGUCUGUGAAGCGUUGCGCGCAUACUCGAAGCGUGAUCUUGAGAUGCACUUUGUAUCCAACGUCGAUGGCACGCACAUGGCCGAAGCACUUCGUCUCUGCGAUCCCGAAACGACGCUCUUCAUCAUUGCUAGCAAGACCUUCACAACGAUCGAAACGAUCACCAACGCCGUGACAGCGCGUGACUGGUUCUUAAAUAUAGCCAAGGACAAGGCGCAUGUCUCCAAGCACUUUGUGGCUCUCAGCACGAACGAGGCUGCUGUGACGGAGUUUGGUAUCGCCAAGGAAAACAUGUUCCGCUUUUGGGACUGGGUUGGCGGUCGUUACAGUCUCUGGUGUGCAAUCGGUCUGAGCAUUAUGCUGUCCAUUGGCUAUGACAACUUCAAGGAGAUGCUGGACGGUGCGCACGCGAUGGACAUGCACUAUUUGCAGACGCCCCUGGAGGAAAACUUGCCGGUGAUUCUCGCUGUGCUGGGUGUGUGGUACAACAACUUUUUCGGCGCACAGUCACAUGCCCUGCUUCCUUAUGAUCAAUAUUUGAACAAGUUUGCCGACUACUUCCAGCAGGGUGAUAUGGAGUCCAACGGCAAGUUUGUCACCAAAACUGGCGAGGCUGUCAACUAUCAGACGGGUCCGGUCAUCUGGGGUCAGUCAGGCACGAAUGGGCAGCAUGCCUUUUAUCAGCUCAUUCAUCAGGGCACGAAGUUGGUGCCUUGCGACUUUAUUGCGCCUAUUGAGACGCUGAACCCCAUUGGCAAGCAUCAUGACAUUCUCUUGUCCAACUUUUUCGCUCAGCCCGAGGCGUUGGCUUUCGGCAAGACGGAAGAGGAAGUCAAGAAAGACCUGGGCGAUAAGGCCUCCAACAGAGAGCUGCUCAAGAGUAAAGUGUUUGUUGGCAACCGGCCUACAAACAGCAUCAUGGUCCAAAAAAUUACGCCGAAGACGCUUGGUGCCAUGAUCACGCUCUACGAACACAAGAUCGCGACGCAGGGCUUUAUCUGGAACAUCAACUCCUUCGACCAAAUGGGUGUAGAGCUGGGCAAGGUUCUAGCUAAAAAGAUCCUGCCACUGCUGGAACAGCACGACCCAUCACAGGCCUUGUCGACGGGCCACGACUCGUCAACGGCUGGUCUCAUUCAUCAUUACCUGUCGAACCGCAAGUAG